UGGAGUGAUGUGGUACAGGAGGACGUGGAGCUGAGUGGACUUGCCGAUGACUGGUACCAGCGGUGUCAAGAUCGGCCUCUGUGGAGGAGGCUCGCGAAGGACGCUACUGGGCAGUUGGAGGCAGUCGCCCUCCAACAACAACGGAGAGCGGAGGAGCGACGCUCACAACAACGAGCGGAGCGCCGGGUGUCUAAAGCACAGCAAGUUGGCACAGUAGGGGGCACAGGUGGUGCAUCAGCCAGUCAUCUCGGUCAUCUCAGUCAGUCAACCCGUGGCAUCUGGGUCUGCCCCGUGACCUGCCAGCAGGCGUUCGACACUUCACGUGGCCUCAAGGUGCCCGAGACCACGGCAGGGCACGGCAGGGAGACCUCCUCCUCCUCCACCACCACCACGACGUCUCUCGCCGGCUUCCCUCCGCGAUGUACGCCAAGGGGAAGUCGGCCGUGGUGCCGUCAGACACCCAAGCGAGAGAAAAGCUUGCUUUGUACGUGUACGAGUACUUGCUUCACGUUGGCGCUCAGAAGUCGGCACAAACGUUUCUGUCUGAGAUACGGUGGGAAAAAAAUAUAACUCUGGGGGAGCCUCCUGGCUUCCUGCACUCAUGGUGGUGUGUUUUCUGGGACCUGUACUGUGCUGCCCCGGAGAGACGCGAAACGUGUGACCACUCGAGUGAAGCCAAGGCCUUUCACGAUUACAGCGCAGCGGCGGCAGCCGCGGCAGCGGCCCAGAGCCCAGUGCUGGGAAAUCUUCCCCCAAAUGACGGCAUGCCCAGCGGACCGCUCCCGCCCGGCUUCUUCCCGGGCCCCCCAGGCUCACAGAUGUCUCCACACGGGCACCCGGCUCCUCCCCACACACCCAACAACCCCAUAAUGGGACCGCACGGACAACCGUUCAUGUCUCCUCGGUACCCAGGAGGACCCAGAGCACACCACAGGAUGCCUGGUCAACCUCCAGGUGCUGUCGCAGGCCCGCAGACUCUCCUUCCCAACAACAUGGACCCCAUCAGGAACCCAGGUCACCCUGUGAUGGGCCCCCUGCAAAGGAUUGGAGGGCCACGUGGGAUGGGACCGAUGGGGCCUCAGGGUUACGGACCAGGAAUGAGGCCUCCUCACAAUUCGUUGGGAGGCCCUGGGAUGCCAGGACUUCCCUUAGUCCCAGGUGGUCGACCGUGGCCCAACCCAAACUCAAUUCCUUACUCUGUUCCCUCACCUGGAAACUACGGGGGUCCCCCUGGCAGCGGCCCACCAGGAACUCCCAUCAUGCCCAGCCCAGGAGAUUCUAACUCGAGCGACAUGUACACCAUGAUGAACCCCGUGCAGCCAGGGAACCGGCCAAACUUCCCCAUUGGUCCCGGCCCGGAGGGGCCGAUGGGCUCCAUGCCUGGAAUGGGCCCCAUGGAACCCCAUCACAUGAACGGCUCCAUAGGUUCUGGUGAAAUGGAUGGAAUUCCCAAGAACUCGCCAAACAACCUCAGCAACCAGCCCGGGACGCCACGGGAAGAGGGUGAGAUCCCUGCGGGAUUCCUCAACGCCUUUCAGAACGACGGAGACCAGAAUGAGUCGGCUGCUAUUUUGAAAAUCAAGGAGAGCAUGCAGGAGGAGGCGAAGAGAUUUGAAAAGGAGCCCGGAGACCACGCAGACUUCACCUUCAUGCAAUAAACAAAACAGAUCUACAUAUAUAUAUACAUACACACACAAACGGGGAAAAAGAGAAAAAAACACAACACGCAGAAGAUAACAAAUUUAUGGACCAAGGCGUUCACAGGCCUGUGUGCGCGAGGUGCUCAAGUGAGCGCGUGUGUUCGUGUCAUCUCUGUGGGCAGCAUUUGUCUCUAUUCUUGAGGUGGGUAAACGUUCCCGAUUAACGAAGGGACUUUUACCACACAAAAUAAAAAAACACCCUGAACUCGUUCGCUGCAUUUAACGCAACGUUCUUAAUCCGAGUAAAUGUUUUUUUAUUUUUCGUGAGUGUUUCAGUAACGAUUUGCCUUGCAGCUUCGUGUCUUCGAUGGAGUAUAUAACAGGAAAUACAUAUAUAUUUUUGUUGUUGUUUUCGUGGGGAGAAAGUGGGUGCAGUGUACGUCAUCGUCCGACGUGGGAAGGGACAGAAUCGUAACGGAGAUGGUUUUGACGGAGGGGAGCCAAACCCAGGCGCUGUUGUUGUCCUCCGUUAUCCUUCAUGCGCAAGGUAGCUGUGUAGUUGGCACUGUACAUUUUUUUACGUGGGAAAAAAAAAAACGAUGGGACGGUUAUCGACGGAUUGUUUUACGUCCACCAAACGUUUGCAAACAACUGUGUGAUGUUGUUAUCGUCAAUUUCUUCCCUUUGUGGUAUCGGAGAACGUAAGAUGUACUUUGUGUACAUUUGGUACGUACAUGUGGAUUUGUGCGUGUGUAUUUGUGUGUGUGCGCGCGUGUACCUCUGUGUGUAUACGUGUGUGUGCAUGUAUGAGGCUAAGAAUUUAUAUCUAUCUCAAAACAUGUUUCCAUUUCCACGCAGUUUAUCCCAAAGCUUUAUUAGCAGCUCCCUUACCUUUAAAAGACCCCUGCAUUUGAUUACGAAACACGUGGGUUGUGUAGUUUUUAUUUAUUUAUUAAUCAUGUUUUAAAUGUGCUUAUGAACAUUGGGCUCAAUCUGUGAUCACAACAAUUGAUUCCGAGAGGUUUCAUUGCCCUCUCUACCUCGAGCGUGAUCGCUUAUGGUGUCUAAUCCACGAGGCCUUUUUUGUGUGUGUGUGCGAACGUUGAAUUUGACCAGUAUUUCUACAGUGAUAUUAAAGGUCUUAGUCUCUGUUGUGUUACUCAUCGAAUACUGCACACUCUGGACAAGAGAUGUACAUCGGGUUGCACAUCGUAAACAUGGAAUUUCCCCACGCAGCAGAGGGCAUGUGCGUGCACAGCGGCCUAAUUUGGCCACAAGACAAAUGACCGCACCUUCCAGGCAGAUUUUGAGCCAGAAUAAUGUUUAUAUUAUUUAUUUUUAGCGAUAAAUAUAUAUAGGGCAUCUGUUUUUGUUAUUUCAUUCCAUUUUCACUCUUGGCGUCCUUUCAUGAGAUUUAGUGUCCGUUCGGAACUCAUGCAGAGCCAUUGAAUGUCCCGUGGAAUGUGAUAUCACUGAACGACUUCAGAGGGCCCAUCAAGUGACCUCUGAUCAGCACCAGGGACGCAGCACUCCCCCCUCCACCCUCAUUGUACAAUAGUCGACCAGACGUUUUUAUUGUUUUUGGCAAAUCAAGUGAAAAUACACAUUGUUUAUUUUGUGUGCAGUCAUUGAAGUUAGGGGCUGAGACCAUCCAUUCGCAACAACAGUUGAGAACCUGGCUUGGAUUCGAACCCAGGCACUUGGUGGUGCAGGCACAGUGCCCUGACCUCUGCACCACCCGGGCCGGCCACCUUGACUUACCACCGAGGUGGCCGCCUCGUAGGGCCACUGGCGAGAUGAGGCCGGUGUUGUGCUGCUCGUGCCCACAAUUUGGCCAAGAAGGUGUCGCCGGUUGUUUGUGCCGUUGAGCGGUGCGACCGUAAUACCUCUCGUCCCGGUGUGUGCAUUAUUUAAUAUCGAGUUGGUGGGGAUUUUCACCAGCAGCAGAGAGGACGUUUUGGUUGGCCAAUACGCCAGGUUUUGAAAUACAUACGACAACAUUGCUGUGGUAUGUUCACCUUCUGCAAGGUGGGCCGCAAUACUGCGUCCACGUUGUUGGAAGUGCUGGAGAGUGUCAUCGGAACGUGGGGGUAUAGACACGGGAGAGGUGCUGCUUUGCGUUAUUCUGCGGUGGAUCGGUAGGCACCUCGAACUGCUGCGCCGUGAAAUGUGGCGACAGUUUUAAGUUCCAAGUUGAAAGGUUCCAAAAAUCUGCCAAGCUGUGUACAGCAGAAGGACUUAUCAUUUAUUUUUGUUGAUAAUAGGCAAUAGCUUGCUUUAGGAAGUUCACUUAAAAUGUUACUAAGUUGUUGAUUGUGCGUCAUUGUCGACUUAUGUAAUUGAGCUUUGCUGAAUGUUUUUGUUGUAUAGUUUUGAUCGAUAAUUGAAUAGUCGAUAUCACAAGUUUGUUCACACUUAAGAAGAAGCCACUUUUUCUCCGACAGCAGGUUCCACAAACCAAAUCCAGAAACGCAAGCCGUGGUGUUACGCGGUCAUUUCACCCGGAAUGUACGAGUAUACGACUGGCAUUUUAAUAAUAUUUGUAACAGCGGCCGAGCUAACUUCAGAUACCGCAACUCUUAUCAAAGGGAAAACUAUGAGGGCCUAUUUUUAAUUUAAUGACAUUCGCAGUAUACUGUAUAUGCAGUACUGCAUACCGUAUUUGAAGCUGUCACAACAUUGUAAAAUAAUGGUAUUAACCAUCCCCAUCGAUUCACACGUUUUACAUUACCAUAGUAUUGUAGGAAGUGACUUGAGUAGCAUUACAGAUAUUAUGUUGUACGGUUCUUUGCGGUAUUGUACAAUAACUAGUUUUGACCACCCUCGAACAAUGCAUUAUUAGCACUGCUCUUGUCCGCCGUGAUGUGGGAGACACACAUCGCAAGCCCCAACUACUACUACUAUUAUUAUCCGCGAGGUUAUCCGCGAAUUUGCUGCAUUUAUUUGUGGAGAGAAAAAAAAAAUCACGGAUAACAGGAUGAAUAAACACGCGGUUAGUAAGAGUUUUAGUGGGAUAGGAUCACGGAUUAGUUGGAGCACUGCUGUAUACCACGGUAUUACACGCAUUGUGUAAGUGAGUGUGAGGGGCGGUUAAAAUGUUUCGAUAACCAGUUACGGUACUUAGAUUUCAAGAAAAGGUCACACCAACACAAUGCCAAGCCGUUAAUCGAAGCCCAGUUAAGAUGGGAACGCUAUACAACGAUCACUGUACGGGCCAGUACGUGAGCCUGGGUUGUCGAAUUCUCGCUGUCACGCCGACGUCAACUUCAAUAUCCUCUCCCCAAAAUGUUUUGUCCGUUCGUGGUUUGUAAAGUGUACAUAUGAUGUUGAUUUGUCGCUCUCAUUGAAUCGUUUUGCUGAUAUCCUCGCUCUAGAUAAUGAUGAUUUCAGGAAUAGUAAAAUUUCUGAUAUGCAUUUUAUUCAAAAGUAUUAAAGACAGAUUUUUGAAGGUUGAUUUCGGUGAUAAAUUAUCGGCUCGGUUAAUAUAAACGAUGAAAGCGGUUCGAACCAAACUAUGAAUUUCAUGCAAAUUAAAGUUACGAUCACUAAUUUAAGAUAGUUUCUACCAUUGAUAAGUCAUAAAAUCACUUCAGUUAUUUAACGUAUUAAUUAAUUUGCUGUUAUACGAUGCUGUAAUUGUUAGAAUUGUUUUGUUUAGUGUCUGUUUAAUUCUUGGUAUAUAUAUUUUUCUAUUAAUUUGCUGAUUGAAUUUCCAUGGCAGUUAUGAAUAUAUAAUUCGUAAUACAGUCAUCUGUUCUGACCAACGGUAUCAGUCCACUUGCCUUUAGGUUGGUUGCUAUGCGCUGUCAAUAAUCGAUGAGGUAAUGGUGAUUAACCACAGCAAUAUUACGAAAAAGUCGUUUACUCCAAUGGCAAAAGCACAACGCGUUAUUUUUCUAAUAUAAUUUUAUUACACCAGCACACUUGAGUUUGUAGUUAUAUUUAAUUGUGCUUGCCAAAAUUGUAAUUUAUUAAGUUAUUGUCUAAUCGAGCUCACGUCUUUGACACGUCGCAUUAAACCAAGUCGUGAGCAGGGCUGUCCGAGCUGCGCUUAGCGCCACCUCGUGGCGGCGACCUGCUCGCUGCAGCUGCAGCAGCAGCGCGCCCAGAAGCCACUGAGGGCAAAGGGCAAUUGCAUUCAGUGGCACGAGCGCUGAGGGGCAAUGCCCUCUGGUGUGCAUGGGGGGGUGACAGCCUUCUCAUUCAUUUGUGUAUGUUCACCGCGCUUUCGCCGCAGAGUCGAGGGUGUAACGAUGGCAAGAUUCGUCAAUGAAAAUUGAUCCUCAUCCCCGUGAUCCACUCUCACUGUGCGUGGUAAUGAAUAGAUUUUAUUCGGUUUGUGCAGUUGGUUAAUGUGGCCUCUGCAGACACCACAGGCGCUAUGCAUUCGACCGCAACGUGGAGACAAACAAAAUCGGGGAUUCGUUCGUGGGAAUCCCAACACAGCAAUGUCUAGCUGCGACAUAGGAGAAAAAAUUACACUUUGUGUUUCCGUCAUGUGUGAGUACGCAUCUGGCAAACCAAACACUUAAUAACUCACAAAAGGUCAUUGGUGGCCAUGAGAAGCACAGGCUUGUCGAGCGCAGUUGGAAUGAGUGAAGUGAGUAAAGUGUUACAUUUAUGGUUGAGCCACCUAUGAUGACAAUGCAAUCAAAUCUGCUUGUCACAUGAGUCUAUGGAGUCAGAGUUGCGGGUCUUCUUUUUGAAAGGCGUUCGUCAAGUUUGUAUAGGGACCCCCCACCACCACCAAACCGUACUAAUGCACAGUAUUUAAAAAAGCUCCCGAGGGUUAUAAUUCUUCUCAUGAGCGCGAUUUGGGUCAACGUUUUGGCGAGUACCUUAAAAGUGAGUGACGAAAAUUCGAUGGGCAAAAGGCUCCCAAUUUUAUUCAAACGGAUGGCUGCAUGCGGCUGCAGUGUUUCGCAUUGCGUCGUCGUGAGCUCCGCAUAACGUCGCAGCAGCAGCCAUCCAAUCAAAGUGGCCUAGCCAUUGAUUUACAACUGGGUUGUAUUUGAGACGGAGCGUGUCUGUGCCCAGCUAUGAAAACCCAGAUGUGUUUUUUUUCUACAACGUGAGUGCUGACAUCUAGUGUUUGUAAUAUGACGGCGAUUCAACACGUUGUUGGAGCUCUACAUUGAAUUAUUUCACAGCCUCUUCAAAAUUAGUUUGAAUUGGCACUCAAGAUUUGUGGGGUUUGUUUUAACAAAGGGGUGGAGUGAAUGUGAUGUUAUAUAAAAUUAAUAUUCUAAUCAAAAGGAGUGUUUUAUUUAUUGGUUCCGGUUAGAUCAGUGUAAAAUAAACAAAGUGUUUUUGCCGUCGGAGUA